AUGCACACAGCUCUCUCUGCUACUCCAUCACUGACCCUGCACACAGCUUUCUCUGCUAGUCCAGCACUGACCCUGCACAGAGCUCUCUCUGCUAUUCCAACACUGACCCUGCACACAGCUCGCUCUGCUAUUCCAGCACUGACCCUGCACACAGCUCCCUCUGCUAUUCCAUCACUAGCCCUGCACACAGCUCUCUCUGCUAUUCCAGCACUGACCCUACACACAGCUCUCUCUGCUAGUCCAGCACUGACCCUACACACAGCUCUCUCUGCUAUUCCAGCACUGACCCUGCACACAGCUCUCUCUGCUAUUCCAGCACUGACCAUACACGCAGCUCUCUCUGCUAUUCCAGCAUUGACCCUGCACACAGCUCCCUCUGCUAUUCCAGCACUGACCCUGCACACAGCUCUCUCUGCUAUUCCAGCACUGACCCUGCACACAGCUCGCUCUGCUAUUCCAGCACUGACCCUACACACAGCUCUGUCACUGCAGCUCCAUCCAAACCACACAACUCACGGCUUUCCCAGCAUUGAUGCCUGUCCUGUGAUCUCAGUUUCCGCCUCUCCCUCCACAAUCCAUCCCAGAAUUACAGCAACGCCUAUUGUGAGAGACGGCAAAGCAAAGGAGGGAGGUGGACUGAGAGUGCCAGUCUAACAUAGCACAUACAAUAGUACUGAGUAUCUACAACAAUGGGCACGAAGCCCCGUGUUAUUAUACUGAGUAUCUAUACAUUGACUGCUCUGUAUAAUGAUCUAAGUAUCUAUACACUGAUAAUGAACACACCGCUCUGUAUAAUAAUACUGAGUAUCUAUACACUGAUAAUGAACACACCGCUCUGUAUAAUGAUACUGAGUAUCUAGACACUGAUAAUGAACACGCAGCUCUGUACAAUGAUACCGAGUAUCUAUACGCUGAUAAUGAACACACCGCUCUGUAUAAUAAUACUGAGUAUCUAUACACUGAUAAUGAACACACCGCUCUGUAUAAUGAUACUGAGUAUCUAUACACUGAUAAUGAACACACCGCUCUGUAUAAUAAUACCGAGUAUCUAUACACUGAUAAUGAACACACCGCUCUGUAUAAUGAUACUGAGUAUCUAUACACUGAUAAUGAACACACCGCUCUGUAUAAUAAUACUGAGUAUCUAUACACUGAUAAUGAACACACCGCUCUGUAUAAUGAUACUGAGUAUCUAUACGCUGAUAAUGAACACAGCGCUCUGUAUAAUGAUACUGAGUAUCUAUACACUGAUAAUGAACACAGCGCUCUGUAUAAUAAUACUGAGUAUCUAUACACUGAUAAUGAACACGCCGCUCUGUAUAAUAAUACUGAGUAUCUAUACACUGAUAAUGAACACGCCGCUCUGUAUAAUAAUACUGAGUAUCUAUACACUGUUAAUGAACACGCCGCUCUGUAUAAUGAUACCAAGUAUCUAUACACUGAUACUGAACACACCGCUCUGUAUAAAGAUACUGAGUAUCUAUACACUGAUACUGAACACACCGCUCUGUAUAAUAAUACUGAGUAUCUAUACACUGAUAAUGAACCGCUCUAUAUAAUGAUACUGAGUAUCUAUACACUAAUAAUGAACACAGCGCUCUGUAUAAUGAUACUGAGUAUCUAUACAUUGACUGCUCUGUAUAAUGAUACUGAGUAUCUAUACACUGAUACUGAACACACCGCUCUGUAUAAUGAUACUGAGUAUCUAUACACUGAUAAUGAACACACCGCUCUGUAUAAUGAUACUGAGUAUCUAUACACUGAUACUGAACACGCUGCUCUGUAUAAUGAUACUGAGUAUCUAUACACUGAUAAUGAACACACCGCUCUGUAUAAUGAUACUGAGUAUCUAUACGCUGAUAAUGAAACACACCGCUCUGUAUAUUGA